AUGGAGUACAUACGAAAGUCUGAACAACUUUCUGUAGUGGGAGUCCUUCCUCACAGCCACGUACGGGUCGACGACCUGCAAGAAGGCGAUGGCCUGGAGGCCGCACUUCUCGCGAUCGCGGACAGUGGGGUGACACUAGAUAGGGCACAUCCGGUCCUUAUUCAAAUUCCAUACAGUAGCCAAUCAGAGUUCAGAGCGACGCCAUAUACAUCUGUACAACACCAACUCGCUCAAGCGGAGAAU